CAGAAAGGGGUAAUAGAAAAAACAUAAACCUAAGAAGAGAGAGAAAUAGCUGUUUUGCUUUGCUUCCACUAAUUUGGUGAAUGAAAAAUCCAAAACCCUCUUUUUAGAAAAUCCGAUUUCCCAAUCUAAAACAUUCUCAAUCUUCCAAAGUUUCAUCUCUCUCUCUCUCUCUUGUUGUCUUCCCCCAAGAACAAUAUUCAAAACUCUCUCUCUCUCUCAGGUGAUCAAGAGAAUCAGAAUCUGUUUAUCCAUAUUACAGAUCACCUGAACAGAAGAGGGAGGGUACUGGUUUGCGGAGGUAGUGGAACUUCUGCGAGCUUAGAAUCCUCUCUCCUUUAUUUAUGUGUGAAAGCAUAGUUAUUGGAUAGUGCUUUUGGGGGCUCCUUUUUGUCAAAGCGUGCAUGCAGCAGUACCAUUAAUAUUUUGGUGAUCUGUUGAGUCGACGAGUGAGAAAAAUUUAAGCUAAAAGAGAGAAAGAUAUUGAAGCUGGAACAAUGGGUUCUGUUUGUGGUUGUUUGAGUGUUGAUGAAUUUGAAGAUUAUGUGAAUCCAAAUGUUCCUGUAUAUAGGAACUGUGUGUGUCUCAGUUGCUUCGUACAGAGCUUUUUGAAUGUGUACGCAUCACUAUUCCGUAGAGGGGAAGUGCAUUCCAUUCCUUCAUCUAUACAGGGGGCAGCAUCUAUGACUUCUACAGCUUCACUUGAUGAUUCGCUAUCUGACAUGUACCGUUCUCCUCCAAGACCCUUGCCUUAUGAUGCAGACCCAAGGUGCUUCCGCUCACAGCGUGAUGGACUAGUUUCAAGACGUGAGAAGGGUUCAAGUCAUUUGAAUGAGGAGUCAGAACCUCUAACAGGUGAUGUAGAUGCGGACCCAGAAUCUUUAAAUUCAGGCAACAAAUGGAAUGAAUGUACUGGUGAAGUUGGUUCAAAGGAAUACCAUUCUAAGUCCUCAGUAAGACUUUCGUCAGCAAAACUUACUACUGGAGUUGGGCUCGUCUAUGCAUCAUCAGAAGAGGAGGAUGUCUGUCCAACUUGUCUUGAAGAAUACACUGAAGAGAAUCCAAGGAUAGUGACAAAGUGCUCUCAUCAUUUUCAUCUUGGUUGCAUUUAUGAGUGGAUGGAGAGAAGUGAUACCUGUCCAGUUUGUGGGAAGGUGAUGGUAUUCGAUGAAACGACUUGAUCUUGAUUAUAAGGUUUGUGUCGCGGAUGAAGCCAACAACAGGAAAAGGAAAAAUACAAGUAUAGACAUUGUGAAUACUUCAGAUUAAGCGCUUAUCAUGUAUAGUUAGUAUAUAAGUUUUAUUAACCAUCAUUGAAAGUUCAAUCUCAUCCAAGUUGUUUCUAUGCUUAUACUUUUCUCCUUUGCCAAAACUUGCAAGGAAAAAGGAAAAUGCAAUUUUAUAUGGAAACUUUGUCAUGGUUUCAACAGUUUGCCUUGUGUUAUAUAAGGAUUUCUUCUUUUU